AUGGCACUCAUUCAGGUCAUUGAGCGAUUCUGUGAUUAUGAAUAUGGUAGUCAGUAUGGAAAGACCCACCAGGAGAUACCAGAGAAUAUUGUUAGUGUGGACAAUCAUCCUGCAAUCACAGUUUCUGAAAGCAGUAUGUAUGUGGAAGACAUCAAUGGUCGCUCGUCCUCUGAUAUGCUCAGUAGAAGUCAAACUGAAGAGAAAUCUUAUGGGUGUCAGGAACAUGUGGAGAAGGUUAUUAAACAUGAAAAAUGUUGGAAAGAUUUCACUUAUCCUGAGUCUUUUCAGACACUUAAGAGUACUCCUGCUACAGAGAACAUCUUCGAAAACAAACAAUGUAAUGAAUCUUAUAGUAAUCUCACUUCUCAUCAAGACUGUGAGAGAACUCACACUGGAGAUGAACUACAUGAAUGUAAGCAAUUUGAGAAAUCCUUGAAGGAAGAAAGUUAUGUUCAAAUAUGUGAAAGGAUCCAUACUGGAGAAAAACCAUUUGCAUGUAAACAAUGUGGAGAAACCUUCAUUAAUUCCAGUCACUUGGCCCACCAUCAGAGAAUUCACACAAGAGAGAAAACUUAUUCCUGUAGACAUUGCAGUGAAACUUUCAUGUAUUCCAUGGCCCGUCAAAAUCAUGAAAAGACUCACAAGAGAGAGCGUAGUUACAUAUGUAAACAUUGUGGGAAAGUAUGUAUUCAUUCUUACCAACUUCUCCAGCAUGAAAGGCGUCACACUCGAGAGAAACGUUAUGCAUGUAAUCAAUGUGGCAAAGCAUUCAGAAGGUCCUCAAACCUUCACAAACAUGAAAGAAUUCACAGUGAAGAGAAGCUUUAUGCAUGUAAGCAAUGUGGAAAAGCCUUCAUCAGUGCAGGCAACUGUUACAACCAUGAAAGAAUUCACACUGCAGAGAAAACCUACAUUUGCAAGCAGUGUGGGAAAGCAUUUACAUUUUCCUCAUACCUUAGAAAACAUGCAAGAAUUCACACUGGUGAGAAACCCUAUGGAUGUAAAUAUUGUGGAAAAACCUUCACCCAUUCUAGUGCUUAUUAUAGGCAUGAGAAAAUUCACACUAGAGAGAAACCAUAUGUAUGUGUGGAAUGUGGGCAAGCAUUCUCUUUCUCCAGAUCCCUCCAAAUACAUGAAAAAACUCACACUACUAGACAGAAAUUUCACAAGUGUAAUCAGUGUGGGAAAGAAUUUGCAUAUUUCUCAUUCCUUCAAAGACAUGAAAGAUCUCACAGUGAAAAGAAACCCAGUGGGUAGAACUUAUAUUUGUGUAAGCCAUGUGUAACUGUGCUCAACCUGCUUUUGAAAAUAUUUA